AAAUUAUUAUUUUAGCAGGGAUAAGCAAUGACAUAACUGGGCUGUAUUAACACCAACAUCUAUCUGUCUGUCUGCCUUUCUGUCUGUCUGUCUAUCUAACUGUUUUUUUCUGUGUCCUGCAUGUUGUCCCAGUUGUAUGUGGGCUUUAAGCGCACCACAUUAUUCCCUGUUCAUUUUUGCUGAGGCGGAAAAUACCACCCCUGCUCCAGCGCAGUGUACAGCGUGGACGCGUUGAGAAAGCUGCGCACUGUGUGAAAGGGGAUCGCAGGGGGGGCGCUUAUUGGCGCAGACUCGGGCCGUCGUGUCAUGACUGGAAUAUGUACUCUGCUGUCUUCUACUGAAGAGCUAAAGAGCAAGUGUGUGCAGGCGGGGAUCUAAAACAGAGGAGCGACUGUUGAGUGCAGCAGGACUGCUAGAGAAAGAACAAAAAUGGUAGGAGUUGCAGGAUUGUGAGUUUCAAAGGGAAGCGGGACACAAGCAAGUUGCCUGGAUGGGAAACGAUGUGGAAAGCAGCGGGGCAGAAUAGUGUACGUGCAUUAGGGUUACUAAUAAAAGUGACGUUUAAACGGAGAAGCGACUGAUGAGAGUUGAGAAGGAUCAAGUUGAGGAUCAAGGAGGAGCUGGUCCGGUGGUUGAUUUGAGGGGCUUGCAGCCGAGCAGAGGAAUGGAUGGAGAUGUUUGUCAGGACGCCCAACUCAGCCGGCAGACGCACAAACGGAGGUCAUCUAAAAACAAGGCCCCCCUGCCUCCAGCCGUUGUGCAUGGUCCAUGCGUGUCAUCUCAUGCCCCUGAAUUAACACACACUACCAUGGAACAGAAGGAGAAUCUGCUGGAGCAAGAGCUGCUACUGACAGUGGUGCUGCCUGAAGGUGUGGAGAAAACCACAAUGGUGCAUGGAAGUAAGCCCAUGAUUGACCUACUCGUAAUGCUGUGUGCAAAGUACCAUCUCAACCCGUCAGGACACACCAUUGAGCUAGUCUCCACCAAUAAGAACCACAUUAAAUUCAAGCCAAAUGCUCUUAUUGGAGCUCUGGAGGCUGAGAAGGUUCUGCUCAAACCCAAAGGUGUGGAGGACAAGAACCUGAAGACUGGACCACAAAUGCCAGAGGCUACUGUGCGUCUGGUAAUAAACUAUAAAAGGACCCAGAAGACAAUUUUGCGAGUGAACCCUAAGCUUGCUCUGCAGGAGCUUCUGCCCGCUAUCUGUGAGAAAUGUGAAUUUGAUGUGCAGAGCACCGUCCUUCUGCAGAACAUGCACUCACAGGAGCCUUUGGACCUGAACAACUCCCUCAAUGACCUCGGCCUCAGGGAGCUCUACGCCAGAGACACACGGGUUAUCAGUCCUACAGACUUCCCUUCAUCACCAACUCAUUCAGAUGUUAUUCAACCUGGCAAGGACAAACUUCAGAAAGAAAAAGAAAAUAAAGGACUGUUUGGCAUGUUCAGAAGAGGAAGUAAGAAGAAACCUGAUCAGGCAUCAACUGUAAGUGCACCAGCAUCUCCAAUCAACAGGAAAUCAAGACCUAUGAGCAUGAGUUCUCUCAGCAUGCAUUCCUCAACGUACGACUCGAACACUAUGCCGUCUGACACACCGAAGAAGAGACGGGCCCCUCUACCCCCACACAUGAAGCCCACUGACCUCAACCAUCAACACAGCAACUCUCAAACAAGCAGUCAUCCUGAUGGCAACCAGGUCACAGCAUCUCUGAGUCGAAGUUCCUCUACCGAGUCGUCUCUGAAGAGGAGUAAGAGGAAGGCCCCACCACCCCCUGCCUCCCCCAGCAGCCUUUCAGUGACCCAUGGUGAAAAAACACAGGAAACCAUUGUAACAGGGUUGCCAACAACUCCUGAGGAGAUCCAAGAAAAUCAGGAGUCUUCUAUGGUCCCGGACGCCCCGGUUGUCCCUGUAAACUCCAGUCCUGAGAGCUUGAGUCCUCUGCCAGAGCUUCUGGAGAAUGACAGCAGCAUCAACCUCUCUGUCGACGUCUCUCUGGACUCUCUGGACCCGACUCAGGAUUUUGAGAUGGAAAGUGUAGCUCCACCUAGGGAGAGCCCACAAGAAGUAUCAUCUGAUCUGACCACAGAUGGCAAACUAGCUACAGACUCUGAGGUGAAAAGAAAUCAGCCAGAGGCUGAUUCCGAUGCUCGAUUACAGUCAACAAACACUGCCAGUGUUGACAAGAGGACUGAAACGGCAUGUUUAACUGCUGAAUGUUCUACAGCAGUGAAGGAAGAGAGCACUGCACCAGUGGAUGCAGAUCAGGUUUCUAUGCACAAAGUUGCACACACCCGGCGAGCAGAGCCACAGGCUCCCCCUAAGCCCAGCUAUGUAGCAGCUGCAGUACAAACAACAUCAAACACUUCCUCCACUGCAACCAAUGCAAGUCAGACACACACUGAAAUUCAAACAGAGAUAUAUAGCUCUACUGAGGCUACACCGACCCCGGAGUCAAUCAUCUGUACGUCUGUAAACUUAGGGAGCCCAAAAAGGGACAUGGCCACAUUGACAGAAGAGUUCCAAAAACAAGAAAUUCACCCAACCUCUACUCAAGACUUUGAUAUGCAGACAUCCACAUCCACUUACCUCCCUGAAAGCCCAAAAUCCACACAGACUUCCAGUCCUGAAAAUCAAAAGUCCACACAGAUUUUCUCAGCAACUAAACAUGGAAACUUACAGUACCUUGUUGCAGCCGAGCCUAAGCCUAAGCCAUCAAAUGAACUCACCCGCGAAUACAUCCCCAAAGUAGGCAUGACCACCUACACCAUUGUGCCUCCAAGGACCUUGGACAAGCUACGCUUCUUUGAAGUAGAGCUGACGCUUGAGUCUUCCAGUGUGCCUGGAGUUCAGGAAGUGAAUGUGGAGUCUUUAAGUCAAAAAGCUACACCAACAGCAACAUCAGCAUCUCCCACCAGGUUUGAGUGUAGGCCUGACAGUGCCAGUGAUCUCUCUCCAUCCAUUUCCCCAACUGCUGAAUCUCCUUUAGACUCCUCUUAUAUCCCUCAGGCCAAGGAGAAGAAAGUUCCACCUGCAACCAGGCCCAAACCAGCUUCUUUCCGCUUACCACAGCACAAAAGAACACCUGGAAGUUACGUCAGCUCAGCGGUGGUGCGCAGUAGGAGUUUGAGUGAGGAGAAAGAGUCUCUAGGUAGCCCGCAAAGGGAGAGUGUCCAUGGGCUUUUGGAGGAGACAUUCCCCCCUCCUCCACCACCCAUCCAGUGGGAGGAGGAGACAAAGACAAGAGAGGAGCAGCACAUUUCUCCACCAAUAUCUCCAGCUAAGCAGGAGAAGAUGGAGAGAUCUAGUCCAGCUUCCUCCCUGAGAGAGCCUGAAGUGUUCAGUGGAUCAGCGCAUUCGGUUUUGCCACGCCAAAUGAGUUUACCGACUGCUGGCCUGACUCUGGAAAAGCUUCAGAGUUUUGCAGCACCAAAGCCAUACUACUCAUCCACACCAUCACGCUUUGCCCAGGCUGUCAAUUCUGCAGUCAAGAGAUCUCAGUCUCUUACUCAUAAUACUGUUAGGCUGUGCGGGCACAAAGUGCCUUUGGCGAUGACUAAACGCUGUACAAUCAGAGAGACAGAUGAGUUUGUUGAAUUACCCACUUUCAUGGAUGUGGACAGUGGGCAUGGACAGAGGAAGAGCAGCAGUGACUCCUAUGGUUCUCCAGUUGAAGAGAGUGAGGGGGUGUGGAAAAGAAGAGUGCCUGAUCUCUCCUCAAAUAGUGGAGCUAGUGCUCACUGAUCUGAUUUGCAGGGAUGUUUGGUGUCGCCUGUGAUGUGUCCAGUCCCGAAGACUUUGCUUGCACAGGAACAGAGUAUUUAACCACUUCUUCAGCUUUAACCUUUAACCCACCUUAAUGAGCCUUAAUGAGCACUUUUUUAGCUCAGUGCCUUUACACCUUGUCCUCACCCCCCAAUUCCCCUUCUCCGUCCACUGUGAGGACACUCCAGCUCAGUGCACCUAAACUAAGAACAGUACAGGAGGACCACAGCUCUGUAAAUGAGUUUAGGCUUGUUCUAAUCUUCUGUGAUGUCCCUUUUCUAAUGUGUGAUUGAAUUUCUCUCCAGGAAGUAACAUCCUAAAGAACAUGCCAUUUGGUGCAGUAUACAUAUAUCUUGUAUGACAACAAAUAGCUGCUAGAAAAGAGAUAUGCACAAUUUGACAGUGGACACAGGGAGAGUGAUUUCUUUGAUUACAUAUUCAUUUCAAUUUUACAUUCAUAAACUCUCACUGUGCUCAGCUGUUUCUCAGAGUUAAAACUGACAUAUGCUAGCAGGGCAUUGUUGGAAUACAUUGAAAAAUUAUGGCUAGAAAUUAUUUUCAGAGACCAUGUGCUCUAGUAUUUGGGACAUUUAUAGUAUUCUAGUAAGAAUAGACUUUAGCGCUUCUGGCAAUGUGGGAGUGUUAAUCAGGGUCUUGAUAAUUAGCUGAUCAUCUGAAACAGGUGUACUAGCACACAAAACAAAAUAAAAUGUGUCCUGUACUGCUGGAAAUGUCCAUGUACCCUCUUAAUUGUACUUUUGCUCCCCUUUUCAGUUUUAUAGCAUGUCUUUGAAUAAGUGUGUAAAAUCUUACUUACUAGUAGUUAAUACAGACAGGGUUUAAAACAUUAUUAUGCAGGUAAUUCACAGAAUAUGCCAUUGCCAUUUUUCAGAGCUUGACUACACUUGUUGCAUUUAUUAUAGUCUCUAUCACAAAUGCUUUAUAUUAAAAUCCUUAUUAAUUCUCAUGUUCUGAGUGAUUCCUAUUGAUUCUGAACCUGAUAUCUGAUAUAAUGUUCAUUAAUUAUGAAUAUAUUCAGGUUUAUGGAAAAUGGGUGUGUUAUUUGUGUGUGUUUUCCUUUAACUUAUUAGAUGUAGUGUGUAGAAUACUGUGAUUAUCAGUUCAAGUGGAAAAGGUACUAGUGUUGCCCUAUACUUGUGUGCAUGUAUACUGAAUGCAUACCUUUAGUGCAGCUAAACAUUUCAGGUGGACAUUACAUAGCUGUAAAUUACAUGGAUCACAAUGAAGUAAGCAGUAUGUAAUGGCACACAUAUAAUAAUGCAUUACACAUAUGGGGGUUAUGUGUAACAAACAGGUAUGAGGGCUGCAAAAAGGAAAAAAAAAAAGCUUUUUGAUAAAGCUGAGCACAAAGAGAAACACACUGGUCUGCUCAUGCUUGUUUCAAAGACAGUUCUGCUGUAAUAUAUUUCCAAACUGUGCAUUAAAGUGUAAUGCAUAAAC